GGACAAUUUACCGCACUUUAUGCGAGACAAAGGUGUGCAGUUUAUUGGCGUUUCACAACCGAUCUGAUGAGUAUAGGAACUAGGAGCAAAUCAGCCUACAUGAAGGCAUUAAAGGAAGAGAACAAGCCUGACACCCAGGAGAUUGCUGACUCGAAGGUAUUAAAGCAACAAGAAAAGCUUGAUAAAAGGGAGAAUCCUGACUCCCCGGUUAAAAAGACAAACAUGGUGGUUACUGAUUCACCUGAUAAAAAGACAAACGAUAGCACAGAUAUGCCAAGCCCUAAAGCAACUCCACAAAUGAAAAUUAAACGGGAAUAUAAACGGUCUUCACCUAAAUCAUUUGAAUGCCCGACAUGCUCGAAAGUGUUCGGUGAUGCUUGGAAAUUUGAACGUCAUUUACGUGUCCACACGGGCGAGAAACCUUUCCAGUGUGAUAUAUGUUCUAGAACAUUUGCCGAUAAGUCUACAUUGAGGGCGCAUACAUUGAAGGUCAAUUGUUCCCGUAAAAGGAAAUCAGAAAGUACUGGAGAAGAAACUGUUGAGAAAAAACCAACGGAAGCUGGUGACGCUGAGGAUGAUGUAGAAAAUACAGAAGAGGCUGUAAAAAGUAUAGAUGAAUCCAAAGAAGAAGCAAAGGUAGAUGAAGAAGUGAAUGCAGCUGAAGAUGAGUGAAUUGGAACAAUCAGUAUUCAGUAUGAAGAAUAUAAUCAACAGUGUACAAAACUAUGGAUAUGCUUUCAAAUGUAUAUUGACUCAAUUCUACAUAAACUUUGUAUAAUAUCAACAAAGAUGUUGACAGGCAAGUACUGAAGUGGCAUUAGCGAGGAAUUAUUUCAUUUAUGAAUGCUGUUUGUUGGAACUAUGAAUUUUUGGAUUGCAACACAUUUCUUCAGAGGCUCCUCAAUUAGAAAUACAUUUGAGGCAUAACGUUGAAACAUCAUGUAUAAUGCACAGGCCUGUAGCCAGCUUUUCCCAAGAGGGGUUCAGUCUUUUCAAAUAUCUCUAGGGGGGUUCACAAUACAUUUGACAACUUUGGCCCAAA